UCUUAGUUCAGCUACCACGUUUUAUGAUUUAUUUGAUAUUUUUAGCCAGAAGGAUUUUGGAGAGAAGACAGAGGCAUGACGAUGUUAACAACAUGCAUGGUUGGUUCCGAAAACUCUUGAAAUCAAGAAUAUCGUCGGCAUCCCAAAAUGAAGAAAAAGCUAGCAAGACAUUAACAUCAUUUUCAUAUACAUCAACAUCAUUGUCAUCAUCAUCAUCUGAACCCCAAAAUCCGCCGUCUGCUCUGAGCUCACACCUGAGAUGGAGACGAAAAUAUGACUUGCUCGUGUGCCACAGUCUCGCCGACAGUGACAUUGAGGAGGCCAAGGACCUGGUCUCUUUCCUGGAGGCUUCGCCACGCAGCCUCAGGUGUUUCCUCUGGCAAAGGGACACCUGUCCAGGGAGUCCAAUUUUCACAGAAUUCUGCCAGGCUAUGCAGGAGAGCCACUUGCAGGCUCUGCUCAUCACUCCUGAUUUCCUGCAGGAAGAGUGGUGCAUGUACAUGAUGCACCAGGCUCUGGCGGAGGGGCCCAUGUCCAAGCGACUGAUUCCUCUGAUACAGAACCUAUCCCACGAUAAGUACCCUCAGGAAAUCAAGUUCUUCUUCUACAUUAACCUGAGCAGGAACAUUGACCAAGGAUAUAGUCUCAUCAACAGCACGGUGCUCAACUACCUAGAAGACCAGGUUAAAAAUGAGAGGACACAGGACUCCAAUGUGGACAGCUCUCACAACGGACUGAGCUGGGAGGGCAGCUCACAAGGAGACGAGCUGAUCUCAAACAACGAGCCUACUGAGACUUCACUCUGAAAGUGACGCAGAAAAGAAUUGACAGAUUUAAUGAUGUUGGCUGAAAUAAUCCUCAACAGUAAUUUAAGCACACGAUGAAGGACAAGAGGCUCAGAGUGAUAGAAAACACUGCUGCUGUUGGCUUUAGUUGUGUCUUAAUCACAUCGUGUUAAGGAAAGU